AUCUUGUGACUGCUGGUUUGUUUUAUUCUCUCAGUCCUAUUCUUGUCUUUGGACAUAACAUGGGAACUACUAGGAGAAAGAAAGCUAAAGAGAAACGUAGAUACAAAGGCAAGCAGGUAAAGAGGAGCAGGAAACUGAGCAAAAGAGCAAAAAAGCAGGCUGCCAAGAAAAAGAUGAGAAGAAAUGCAUUGGUGGCACGGAUACAGAAAGGCUGGGGACGAUUUUCGGCAUUUCUGAAAAAGAAGAAAGAUCAGUUCCUACAUUUAUGUAGCAGAUUUCCCAGAUUUUGGCACAGGAGAAACAUGGAUCAGCAAAUUGCACAAGAGAGUGGCACUAUGCCCACCAGCCACAACAACACAGCCACUGCCCCCUUAACAGUUGAAACAUUUACUUUCCACUCACUACUUGGAAAGGGAGGUUUUGGCAAAGUGAUGCUCGCAACAGAUGCUAUUCGUAAUGAAAGAGUGGCAGUUAAGAUCUUAAAGAAGAGAGCAUUACUACAAGCCCUAAAAAAGAGGCCACUAAUAAAACAUGAGGACAUUUUGGUCGAGAGUCGAGUCCUUCAGUUGGCAAAUGAAAGCAGUUUCCUAAUCCAUGGAAAUGCGGCAUUCCACACAGAGAACUAUCUAUACUGUGUAAUGGAACUGGCUGACGGAGGGGACCUAUUCCAUUUUUAUGAUGAGAACUUUCUGGAGCCAACCACAAUAACGUUUAUAGCGGCAGAGCUGGUCUGUGGCUUGCAGUUCAUGCAUUCCAGAGGAAUAAUACACAGAGACCUAAAAUUGGGUAACGUUUUGCUGACCACAGACGGACAUGUAAAGAUCGCAGACUUUGGUCUUUCCCUCCUGAAUACACGUGGAAAAACCAAUGCCAAAGUACUUGGUGGAACACCUGCCUAUAUGGCUCCAGAAAUUCUAACUCAACAGUCAUACAGUGCAGCUAUAGACUGGUUCGCAUUUGGUGUUAUGAUACAUUUACUCGCUUUACGAGAGUACCCUUUUCCAGGAGAGAAUCGUGCAGAGAUAACGAAGAAUAUCCUUACACAAGAACCACCAAAUUUGUGGCUUACUGAUGAUGUAACAGGGGACUUUAUAUCCAAACUCCUUUGCAAGAACCAGUCCCGCCGGCUCGGGGUAAAGGGCAAUGUGCGAAAACACCGCUUCUUCUCUUCAAUUAACUGGAAGAUGAUAGAAACUGGAAAAGCAACAUCCCCAGUAAAACCAGACAAGACCUCCAUGUAUACUGGUCAAAAACAACAAAUCCAUGCGCCCAACAGUGAAGCAUUCAAAGAGCCAAUUGCUGCAAUGGACCAAAGCAUUUUUGAUAACAUUCAAUUUGUUUGCCCUAAAUGGAGUGAAACAUAUCAUAAUGUGCCAAUGGAAGUAGAUCCUGUAUCACCAGAGUAUUACGACCUACUUGCUGCCUGCCUCGACGUCUACUACUAAAUAUCUGGAGAGGCACAGCUCUACCAUCUGCUCUGGGCUACCUCCCUGGAAGCGCGCCACCUGCUACUUCUACCUACCACCACCUGCUUGCCGCAUCCUCGGCUGAGGAUGCACUAUGAGAGCUGGG